UCCCUCUCACUCUCUCAUAAAUGCGCUCCCACCACCGACCGUAGCAGAUAAUCACAGGCCACUGUGAGACGGACACACCUUCCGCUGAUUUUUUUUCUUUCUUGCCACAGUUUUUUUUACACGGGGAUGCGUUUCGAUUCAGGAAAAGGUGUCAUCAGUCCAAGAUUUCUGUCGUGUUUUUGCCAUUUUUGCGCAUAAGGUUACAAGAUUGCUCCGCUCCAACUCGGAAGAUGACUGGGGUUUUUGAGAACUUAAAUACUGAUAUGCAUUCGAACCAGAUUACCUCAAGCAGCUAUCACAGCUUGCACAAAUCGCAAGAGUCUCCGACUCUACCUGUGUCCACGGCGACGGACAGCAGCUAUUACAACGGCCAACAGCCUGGCCACUGUGCGGGGUCUCCAUUUGGCCAACUCGGCUCUUACCAGUACCACGGCAGCGCCACGACCGCUGUGCCAUACAACGCAAAGACAUACGACCUUGGUUUCAACUCAUCUUAUGGUGCAUACAGCUCCUAUGGCUCCAACUCCUCUCCUACUCCAGCCGAUACAGAGAAAGAAGAGAGCGAGCCAGAAAUUCGGAUGGUUAAUGGAAAACCAAAGAAGGUCAGGAAACCUCGAACCAUUUAUUCCAGCUUCCAACUGGCUGCACUUCAACGGAGGUUUCAAAAGACGCAGUAUUUGGCUCUGCCAGAACGGGCAGAGUUGGCAGCCUCGCUGGGCCUUACGCAAACACAGGUCAAAAUCUGGUUCCAAAACCGCCGCUCCAAGUUCAAGAAGUUGUGGAAAAGUGGUGAAAUCCCCCCAGAGCAACAUGUUGCUUCCAGUGAAUCUCCCCCCUGCACGUCUCCGCCAACUACUGCCUGGGACUUUCCACCACAGACUCAAAGAAUGAACAGUGUCAACCCUAGUUUACCUCAGAGCAGCAGCCCUCCCAACACGACUGCGCCUUCAUCGUUUUUGGCAAACUACUCCUGGUACUCAACCACGAACUCUACGACGCAUCUGCAGCCUCUGGUCCAGCACCACCACAACUCCGCCAUAAGCGCUGGGACGAUAUUCUGAAAGAGAAAAACAACAACAGCAACGACAACAACAAAACAAAAACAUCGGGUUUAAAUCGGACAAUACUGGUGAAACGAAAAGAAAGAGAAAAAAAAUGCCAAUACCUUCAUUUUACAGACCUCGUGUGUGUGUGUGUGUGUGCGCGCCAUGCGAACUUUUACGCGCAAGCAUCUAGGAAGAAGUUAAUGGAGCGCAGACAGGUUCACGGACCAUGCCAGUUUUUGCGCUGGCAAAUGGUAGACACAGAUUUCUACAGUUAUUUUUGUAUUUAUUUAUUUUGUUUAUGUCGAGGGAUGAAUGAAACCACUAUUACCCAAAGCAAUCAGCCUGGGCGUAAGCCUUACUUUUACGCGGACGUCACUUUUUUUGCCAUUCCUGCAAAAUAAUAAUAAUAAAAAAAAAAACAUUCAUCAGCAGGACAAACCUGUCACAAAUGUAGCACAAGUCUAACUGUAUCGUGCCUUUUUCAAUAUGACCUCAUUUUGUUGUGCUCUGAAAAAAACAAAAAACAAAAAAAAAAAAACAGCUUACCUUUAUCCAUUCCUCAUGUCAUUAGUUGAUUUAAAUAAAACUUGGGGGGUAAGUGUCUGAAUCCACGUUUGUAAAUAUUUUAUCACAUCUUUUUUUAAAUAGCCCAUGUCGCUUUGACUCUUUUUUUUUUAAUGCUAUUGGUGCAAAAAUCCAUUAAUUAACCACCGUAAGCUACUGAUUGUCCUACCCUCUGAUGAUUUAGGCCUCCUUGUAUCACCCUUAAUUGUAUUUUUUUUUUGUCUUAUUUAUUUUAGCAGUGUUUCAUAUAUGGCCAGACGUUAUUUAAAUAAAAAUGUUUUCUGUGCA